UGCUGUGGUUUUUAUUUUUCAUUUUUAUUUUUUCUUCUUAUACUUCUAAUCCAGAUAAUGUGUGAUUGAGCCUGGUAAAUGUAGUAGUCUUUGCUACUGCAGAGGGGCAGCCUGCAAAUUAAACACUGCCACAAUCUGAAAGGUCCAGGUGGUCUGCUCGUGCUUCCUAAUGCAAUCCAGCACAACAGCUUUAAUAAACAGCUCUAUUUAGUUCUCCCUCCCUGUAUCCAGGGAAGUGAACUGGGGCUGCUGUGAUGAAAUGCCAGAAGAAUAUCUCUCAAAGGCCUCACAAGCUGAUUUUUAGAGCUUUUCCGUUUUGUCGUCUUUGUCUUCCAAAUGGAAGUCAAUGAAAGAGACUCCACGGAUUAUAACGACCAUUGGGAACCUGUCCUAUCCAGAGCUACAUUGUAGACUUCGGUUUCUGGACAAUUGCUUUUCCUCAGUCCAAGAAGAGAUUGAUGUUACUACACAGGGAAGACAGACAGUGGAUCCAAUGAUAGCUGGACAAGUCAGUAAGCCCUUGCUGUCACUGCGGAGUGAAAUGAAUGCAGAGUUGAGAGGUGAGGACAAGGCAGCUACUUCAGACAACGAGCUGAAUGAGCCCUUGCUUGCGCCUGUGGAAUCAAAUGACAGCGAGGACACUCCCAGCAAGCUCUUCGAGGCCAGAGGAAACACCGUGCUUCCUGAUACAAGCCCAGCAGACCAGCACCAACCCAGUCAGUCCCAUCCUGCAUUCCCUGUUGGGCCUCAGCCACUACUGACAGCCCAACAGUUAGCCUCAGCAGUAGCAGGGGUGAUGCCAGGAGGCACUCCAGCCUUGAAUCAGCCAAUCCUUAUUCCUUUCAACAUGGCUGGGCAGCUGGGGGGCCAACAAGGACUCGUCCUAACUCUACCUACAGCAAAUCUCACCAACAUCCAAGGACUGGUAGCAGCAGCUGCAGCAGGAGGCAUCAUGACUUUGCCAUUGCAAAAUCUACAAGGCUGUAACGCUCUCCCCAGCUACCACAGGAGUGGGCAGAUCUUUUCAUUAAGUUUAGCUACCUCAUCCCUGAACUCCCAGCUUCAACAGCUUCAGCAUCUUCAGCAGCUCCAGCAUCAACAGCAGCAGCAGCAGCAGCAAAGCCAGCAGCAGCAAGCUCAGCAGGCACAGACUCCACAGCCAGCCCAGCAGACCCAGCAAUCACAGCCACAGCCAUCAGCACCACCACAGCAGAACCAAACACAGCCCCAGAGCCAGAGCCAGCCACCUCUACCCUCACAGUCCUCCAGCUCCCCUCAGAAACCCAGCCAGUCACCAGGGCAUGGCCUUCCAUCUCCUCUUACUUCACCAAAUCCAUUGCAGCUGGUUAAUAAUCCAUUAGCAAGUCAGGCAGCAGCAGCAGCAGCAGCAGCAGCCAUGGGCUCAAUAGCAAAUUCCCAGGCCUUUGGAAAUGCCCUCUCCAGUCUUCAGGGGGUCACAGGCCAGCUCGUCACUAAUGCACAAGGACAGAUUAUUGGAACAAUCCCACUGAUGCCUAAUCCAGUCCCGUCCAGCCAGGCGGCAGGUGGAGCUCAGGGACUUCAGGUGCAGCCGAUAACUCCACAGUUAUUGACCAAUGCCCAGGGUCAGAUCAUCGCCACUGUCAUCGGCAACCAGAUACUCCCAGUGAUCAAUACCCAGGGAAUAACACUAUCGCCGCUCAAACCAGGCCAGCAGCUCCAUCAGCCUUCCCAGACGCAAGUGGGACAAGCAACUUCACAAUCCAAUCUCCUGCAUUUGGCUCACAGUCAAGCAUCUAUGUCUCAAAGCCCAGUGCGUCAGGCUUCCUCUUCUUCCUCCUCAUCCUCCUCCUCUUCAGCUUUGAGUGUUGGCCAGUUAGUCAGCAAUCCUCAGACAGCCACUGGAGAAGUGGAUGGGGUAAAUCUGGAAGAAAUACGAGAAUUUGCCAAAGCUUUCAAAAUCCGGCGCCUGUCCCUUGGCCUGACACAGACUCAAGUUGGCCAAGCCCUGAGCGCCACCGAAGGCCCAGCCUAUAGCCAGUCUGCCAUCUGCAGACACACCAUCCUGAGAAGCCACUUUUUCCUACCACAGGAAGCCCAAGAGAACACUAUAGCUAGCAGUCUGACAGCCAAACUGAACCCUGGCCUUUUGUAUCCUGCCAGGUUUGAAAAGCUGGACAUCACCCCUAAAAGUGCCCAGAAGAUAAAGCCGGUGCUUGAGCGGUGGAUGGCUGAGGCUGAGGCCCGCCAUCGAGCAGGGAUGCAGAACCUUACCGAGUUUAUUGGGAGCGAACCAUCCAAAAAGCGCAAGAGGCGUACCUCAUUCACGCCACAAGCCCUUGAAAUCUUGAAUGCCCACUUUGAGAAGAACACGCAUCCCUCUGGGCAAGAAAUGACAGAGAUUGCAGAGAAACUGAACUAUGACCGGGAAGUAGUUAGAGUUUGGUUCUGCAAUAAGAGGCAAGCACUGAAGAACACAAUUAAACGUUUGAAACAACACGAGCCUGCAACAGCAGUUCCUAUGGAGCCUUUAACAGACUCUCUGGAAGAAAACUCCUAAAAGAAAAACAAAAAAAAGCCAAAUCACACAGAGGAAAAAAAAAAAAAAACCAACUGAAAUGUGUCCAUUUGAACUCUGUGAAAAUACCUAUUCAUCACCCUUGUAAGUAAAAGACUGAGAAAACUACAAGAAGGACAGGACAGUUUAUAAAUGUCCAUGGGUUUUCCUAUAAAAAAAAAAACUAAACAAAAAAAUACACAACACUUAGAGUGUGUGUGGUAGAAUUAGUUCCCCAAAAAAAACCCGAAAAAGCCAGUUUUUUUUUUUUAAUGGACUUAAAGUAAACCAAAUAACUGCUUAAUUUUUUCUGUAUAUUAUGAAAAUACUAACACAUUUUAAGGAAAAACAAAACAAACAGCAGCAAAAAAAAAAAAAGGAAAGAAAAAAAAGAAAAAAACUUUUACCUGUUUAAAAGAGAAUACAAGCCUGCCACCUGGAGGAGUGAUUGUAACCUUUCAGGUAUCAAGUGCUAAUUCACUAUGAAAUCUAUUAACCAAAGUCAGAAACAUGGCAUUGCAAACUAGAUUGUUAGUCUACUCUUUUAUGAGUGUAAAAUUGUGUUACAAAUUUUUACAUUUGUAUUUUGCAAAGAGGAAUAUAGGAUUAAUUUCUCUCAUCCUAGUUUGUACCCCCUGCAGGUGUGUACAAAGCCAUUCCAUAGUAGUCACCUCACUUUCUUUUCUUUUAGUCAACAGUUUUGCAAUCUCCUAAUGUUUGGGUGCCAAAAAUAAGUACUUUUUAUUGUGAUUUUGUGGGGUUUAGUGUUUGUCUUCUAAGGGUGUAUGUCUUGGUUUACAUUUCUUUUUCUGUUGGUUUUUUUCCUGAUUCUAUUUGCUGCCUCCUUCUGUACCCCUUCCCCAAGCCCCCCAAAUCCAGCACUGUUUGAGGAAUUUUAAAAAGAAAAGUGAAAUCUGAACACUUUUAUAUGCUGGAAUGCAAUGAGGACGAAGAAGGAUUAGGAUUAUAUCUGACGGACUCUCAAACUCACACUGAACAUUGUGCUUUUUGUUGAAUGUGUAGCUUGAGAUUUCUCUGUCCUUUGGCCAUGAACCUGGAGAGGUUACCAAAACUCAUUUUUUAGUAUAAAUAUAAAUUGCACACUUGGUACAGUACUGCAGCUACAUUAUGGUUCCAUUUGAAGCAAUUUCUCUCCAAAGCCUGCUAGCCAAAGAAAUUUCUUGAUGUUCUGAUGAAAACAAGUGGACAGGCUGAGAAGAGAUGAGGCUAUUUUGAUCAUUACAUCACUAUGGACAAUUUUGAUGGUAGUGUUUUGUUCCUUCUGGCUUGUUUUAAUGUCAUAUUGAUGGCAAGCCCUGUUGGCUUCUUUAGCAGGAGGAUGUGCUUCUGCAGGUGUUUGCCGUGGCCACUGGCUAGACUAAGCAAUUGGGACAUAGGGAAAAACACUGAGUGUCUCUUGACAAUAUAAGGUAGGUCACCUGCAAUAUGAUUCAGGGGAACUGGUUUUUCUUUACAGACAGUUUAUCUCUGUGGCUUCCUUUGUGAUUGGACAAGGAUCUACUAAAAUGCUGUGGUCAUUAGAUCAUACAAGACUCAGAGGCAGAGAAAGGUGUUUCAGGUUCUUGAUAGGGUGUGGUCUGACCUGUGAAGGUCAUCUGCAAUCUUCAUCUUCUGCUCACUUAUGCUCAAGCCUUUGGGAUUCAGUCCACCAUUAGGGUAGAAGCUGCAUCUUGAUCAGGUCAUCCCAAAAGAUAACAUCAGAUAAUUGGUUCAGAGAUAGUAAAAUAGAGAUGGUAAAAUUCUGCUGGUAUAACUCCUGAUUGCAUUCCUUGACUUCAGAAUGGUUGUGCUGGAUUUUUGGUGGUCUACUUAGGAUGUGGAAGGAAGUGCCUGAAGUGCUGGAGUCUUCAAAUAACACCACUCUUACUAAAGAGUUUUUAAAAAUUCCAGGCUAUAUCCAAAAUUAAGUGAAAGAAAUAGACUUUCAUUGAUUUCACUUUGCUUUGAAUCUGGCCCUCAGUAUUUUAUUAAUGGGAUUUGCCUUGUAAAGUGGGGUAUUUACUGCAUGGUUGGUGGAGCUUUAAGAUUUCGGAGACCAUCAUCUGGGCCAGAAGCUGCUUCUAAAUGUGAGCACUCUCAAAGGUCAGUGCUGGAGCACACUAAGGAUCGAAUACUCCAGGAUGAGCUCAUGUCCAGCAAAUGCAUUUUAGACUUCAUGCUUCAGCAGGAUAUGUUUAGGAUAUUUUCAGUCUUCCUUUUAUGAGGAGGAGAGUGACAAUUGUUACUGACUCUUUUUCAACUGUUGAUAUAUAAAUAACUGCUGGGGUAAAAAACACCUCCGUAACCACUGGCAAAUAGUGAGGGACAAAGUAGAUGCUUUAUCCAAGCAGAGCAUGUAAAUUAGAGUCUCACAGCAACAUCUGCCCCUCUGGGGUUUCUUUAUACCCUCUCUCUCCAUAGAUACCUAUAUCCUCAGAAAUAUCUAUGUAGUCUAUACCAAACAGGUCUAAAGCUGUCACCACUGUUCAAUCUAUGUAACGAUCAGACCGCCAUCCAGUACCUAAUAGGAAAGCAAGGAUGAAUAAAUCAUAUUUGGAAGCAGUUACUCCUGAAAUCCUACCCAUGUCUCCAGAACACUCCUAAUUGCCCAGUCAUUAAUGCCACAUACACAAUUACAUGUUCAGUCAUCCUUAAGGCCGUACCCUCCCCCACUCCAUCCCCACCACCAACAGCCUGGGAACAAAACCAUCAACCAUUCAUUGCCUGAAAACUAAAUUUCCAAUUCUCCCAGGGACUGCUCUAAAUUCUGUGAAGAAAAAUCCCCCAAGAAAAAAAAUGUUAACCAAACAUUGUAUGAAAGAUACUAAAUGUUUAAAAAUAUGCUGGCAGCAGUUAUAUAAGCUCUUUUCUGUUCCAAAGUACAUAUCGGAAGGAUAUAACUAGGACAGUGAAAAUGUAAAAUAAAUAUAAAUUGCCAGCAUGGAAGAAAAAAUAAUGUUCAUCCCACAGUCUUAAAAUCAUUCAUGUGCAGUGAUUUUUUUUUUUACAGUUUUCUGAUUUUGUAUUAUGUUUUGUAAAUUAUUUAUAAGGUGUUGUAAUGCUUCUCAUGUUAAUUUUUUAAUACACAAAUUUUUGCUAUGAGGCAUAAAUGGUGCCUGAAUAGAUUCUUAGGAAGAUAAAUUGUAUCUGAGUCAUACAUCUUUGGGAGGGCCAUAAAUAUUUUGUUUUGUUAUGUUACUGACAACAUUUCUGGUUCCCAUUUGUAAACAAUUUUCAUGUAUUGAUAAAAAUUGAAUAAGUUUUAAUUUUGCAUGUGACUAAAAGAUAGGUUGCUACCAGCAAAUGAAACAAAAGUCUCUUCGGUCAUAUGUGAAGGUUUAAUGGUUUUCCACUUUGUUGAUAAUUGAUUUUUUUAAUAUAUAUAUAUAAAUAUAUAUAAAAUAUUAUUUGAAUAAUGAACCAAGGGUUCACUUACUCUUCUAAUUUUGUCUUUUUAUGUUUUUCACUAAAAAGCUAUUUUGGACAGUUGAAGAAAUCAAAUGCAUUCAAAUGGUUCC